AUGGUCCUCACGCGCGAGCCGAACGCGCUUUUCAGAAGUGUGUCCAACUCAACCGAGCUUCUCCGAAUUCCUGUGGAGGAUGAAGAGAAAGACAUCCUUCAUUGUUCUCAUCCUUCGAAAGACAGCGAGCUCUUGCUCGAACCUGGCGUUGCCGAUGUUGAGCGCCGCAUCUUUGCCGUGGAACACAGAAACAACUUCAAAGUGGCUUCGGAAAGCAGGAUGACCGCGAUGUUGCAACUGCUCCUGGAGGACCAUGCGCGCCUCCAGAGCACACUUGCUGGGUCCCGCAGCGUGUGCACAAGGUCCAUGUCAUACAAGCUGCCACAGUCGACAUCGUUUCCCGCGGCUCCACCCGUCCAGCCGCGUGCUGGCACCAGCAGCUCCGUCAGAAGCGUGCGAGCCGAGGCCGGCAACCGGCUUCUGAUGGACGCCCAGUCGCAGUGUGCACCCAGGAAGGUCACGAAGCUCAUGCAGGUGCUACCCGAAGGAGAACCGACCGUUCUGCCCCGGCAAUCUGAUGCGAAAGAAGCCGGAUGCUUGUCCGUGAAGCAGGUUGUUGCCGAGCGGGCGGCACAACAGUCCAGGUUGCGAUCGGCAAGCUGCACCUUCGAGGCCGACCUGCCAUUGUUGCUCCAGGGCCCAGAAUCACGUAUUGGCUCCUGCUGCUUCAAGUUCUGGAGGGGUGUCCUCGCGGUCUGUGGAGCAGCCGCAAUGUGGGACCCUUCCCGAACAGACGCAGCACAGAGAUGCCGGCACUUCUUGCACGUGGCUGUCUCCGUCGUCCUCUCCAUUCUCGCAGUUUUGGUAGGACUUAUCCGCUUCAUCAGCUUGGUGCAACAGGAGGCCGAGGUCUUGGGCGCUCUCACCAGCGGUGCCACCUUCACAACAGACGUUAUUGUUGGCCUGGCUGCUCCACUGUGCCUGAGCGUCCUUGGAGGCGUGACGCCUGGCACAUAUGCGCGGCGAAUGGACUACCUGCGGGAUUCGCUUCGAUAUUUGGGCGUGCUGCUGAACGACAACAAGCUCACGGAGGAGUGGCGAAGCAUUGUGGGGAAAGACCUGGUGCGGCUCACAUCGGCAUGGUUCUUGAUCUGCACGUUGAGGGUUGCAUCCACGUUGCUGCUGCAUGACCUCGCCCCUGCAUCAGUGGCUUGCAUGCUCUGCUUCGUCGUCUUCGCGUCCGUGCUCACGGCGGUAGGCUUCGUGCUCAUAGCCACCUGGCGCGGGCUUGGCCUGCGAGUCCAGCGGUUCACCGACCCUUUCAGAGAAGAGGACGUGGACCUCGCAAUCGUUCAAGCAACUUUGCUCCCCGCGGCGCUUGCAAGCUCGGCGUGUGCUCGUUUUCCUUCCUUCGUUGCCAUCUACGACCCUGGCCCGGAGAUGGCAGAGAACUUCAUCCGGUUCGCAAACUUUGUCGCAAUGACCGAUUGCGGGUGCUUCCUGUGGGAGACAAAGCUGACGGCAGGGCUUCUUCAACGCGCGAUGUCCAUCACCAUAGCGCUGGCUGCGGCCAUCUACCGCAGCGGGAUCCUGGUAAACUAG